CAGCAUGCAUGGCUUUGUUUCGGCAUAACUGACGGACCAAACUUAGGACUCAUGCAACUUAUACUCUUCAGCAAAAGAAUUUGAUGCGUAUGAAUCUGCAAUUCAUAAUCGAAACAGAAUAUUACUAGAGUUUCAGUGUUGUAUUUACGAUAUAUGCUUAAGAUUUACACCGUUGUAUUACUCCUUUUUCCUAUGAUAGAGUUCUUGCAGUUCGUCUCCCGCUCGUUUCGUUUCUUCUCCCUCCAAAUUCGGAAUCAUCAAUCGAUUAACCGCCUCCCAUUCUACAACUUCGUAACUGCCGUAAAACCGCCACACUUCUUAACUGCCGUCCCGUACUAUAUAAUUGAUAGGAGGUUGAAGUUUUUUCUUGCGAGAGGAAGUUGGUGAAUUGCGAAAUCUCAGGUAAAGAGUUAAUCUUUAUUGAAGAAUAUUUUAUAGGAUGGUCUUCAAAAAGGGUCACACCGGAUCAAAUAAGCAAUGGAAAUUUGCAAUGAAUGAAGUUUUUAAGGAUAAACCUCCCCAGGUACCCGGCACUAGUAACCGUAAGAAGUAUGUGGAACCGGAAAUUGAUGAAGAUGAUGAAGAGUACGAGGAAGAUCUCGUUGGAUCAGGGGAUGAUAGUGAAGAUACACCAUAUGAAGAGGAGGGUGAGGAAUUAGAGGACGAAGAAGAAGACGACGACGAAGAGUAUGUAGAUGAGGAUGAGGAUGAGGGGGAAAAUGAUGUUGGUGUAAAGUGUAAGUUGAAAAAUCAGGGCAGGAAAACGGGUAAUGCUAAAGGAAGGCGUCCUGUUGUUGUAGAGGAGGAUGAUGAGUUUUAUGAUGAUCUUGAAGUUGAUGCUCGUGCUAAGUUGAAGAUGAAAGAGCGCUGUAGGAAGUAUGCUAAGAGCAGGCGUUUAGCUAAUGAUGUAGAGGAUGAAGGAAAUGAUGAUGAAGAGGAUGACGAGGAAGAUGGAGAAGCUGAUGUCCGUAGAGUGGGGAAGAAGCAUCCGAAGAAUGUAGGCCAAAAUGUUAGGCGGUAUCCAGAAGAUGAACAACAUGGGUUGAGGAAGAAACAUUUGAAGGUGAUUAGGAAGAGGCGUCGUGGGGAUACUGAUGACGAGGAAGAACAGGGGAAGCCUGUGAAGAAGAAGUUGUUGCUGAAGAAAAAGGUUGGUAAGAUUGUUGAUAAAGAGCGUAGAAAAGGAAAGUCUCCUCUUAAAGACAAGGGAAUGACUAAGAGAGGCAAGAAUAGGAGAGUGUUUCUGCGGGUUCCAAUCCCCCAACAUCCAAUGUCUAGGGGUGAAUAUGCCAAGUGUCAUGAUGUUGUAGUUGCUACCCAAAGGGCUAAUUGCGAUCGCAAGACGGUUGAUGUUGUUUACCGGGAGCCCCGUCCUCUAUUUGGAGAAAGAAGGCCGUUGGCAGAAGAGGUUGCUGAUCUGGUUAUGGAAAGGAUGGCCCCCUUACUGCAAGACCUCCGUGCCGUGAUACGAGAACAAGUAAUCAUACGCAGGCUGGGGGCAAAGGAAAGUGUUGCUGAAAAAGAUCCCUCCCCUGGUGUUGCUGAAAAAGAUCCCUCCCCUGCUAGCAGUUCCCAUCGCCAAAUCAGCGAUAAUGCUUAUAUUAACGUGGAUGGUGAGCCAAUGGCGGUGGAUAAGUCGGUCAACAAGGUCCUGAGUGAGUUAGAUGUCAUUGUACUGGAGGAGGAUGAAACAGACAAUGUGCAACACACAGUGGAACAACCAUUGGGAGGUGAAGAAAAUGUGUUUGUGAAUUACCAGUCCUUGCCUGUGGAGCAGCCCGUGUUUGAGUUUCUGCAUGUUCCAGCAGUGGUGGCCGUGCAGAAUGAGCCUAUGGAGGAGGCAGAGCAAUUGCAGCAGGGCCCCCCACAGCAAGUGGUUGAGCUAGUGCAGAAUGAGCCUAUGGUGGCAGAGCAACUGCAGAAGGGACCCCCACAGCAGGCCCCCCCACAGCAAGUGGUUGAGCUAGUGCAGCACUUGGAGGCCAUGCAGAAUGAGCCUAUGGAGGCACUGCCGCAACACGAGCCACAACAAGAGCCACGUCAUGAGCCUGUCCAGCAAGGUCAUACCGAGGGAGACCAAGGCGAACCACAAGAAGAAGGGCUAGUGGUGCCUGUUGUGCAGCAAGAGGCAGACCCCCAGGGCCCAGUAGAAGAGCCACCACAAAAUGAUUUUGCGGAGCCACAAAAUGAUGUUUUGGAGGACCCCGAAAACGAAGAUGAAGAAGAUGGCGAGGAAGGUGAUGAAGAAGAUGGCGAGGAAGGUGACGAAGAUGAAGAAGAUGUUGGUAAUACCGCGGAUCAAGAUAAACCUGGUGAUGAUGAUGAUGAGAACCAAGGAGCAAAUGGUGGUACAACGGGUCCGGUUGCGGGUGAAGCUGAAGGUGCAGAUAAUGCAGAGGGUCCGGGUGCCGAUGGGACCGAGAAUACAAGGGGUGGGGGUGAAGGUUUGGACCAUGGUGCUGUUCAUGGUUCCAAUCCUGAAGAUUUUGAUGGUGCUGAACCAGGUGGUGAUGGUCAGGUGAGAACAAGAAUAAAGGCAGCGAGGCCUAAACCUAGUCCCAAACCCCGCACUGCGACAAAGAGAUCCCGUAAGCCUAGUGAGAAGGCAAUAGCAAUGAGAAAACCUCGUCAACGACUAGGUAUUAGAAUGACGAAGGCAGACAGUUCUAUUUUGAAGUACGUAGAGGCUUACGACACCAAAAAGAAAGCAGGAGGGGCUAUGUUGAUUGAAUAUGAUGGGAACGACGCAAACCAGCAGAUGUGUUACUCGGUUGUUCACCCCAGGUCCUAUGUGAAUUCCCAGUAUGUUCGUACAAUUGGAUAUCUCUACAACCGGGAGUGGGCUAGUGAAUUUCCAAAGAGUUGUCGCAGACUUAUGCUUGACUCUAUGUUUGCACAUCAAAAGCUAAAGACGAAAGAAACAUAUGCUGGGUUGUUGAAGAAGUGGUCGCAACCACUUAGGAAGGUGGUCUCCUCGGAUAUUUCUGUGGUUUUUGUUCCAGUUGUCGAAAACGAACACUGGUGGUGUGUUGCUUUUGCACUCAAAGACCUGAAGAUAUGGUUCAUUGACAGCAUGUAUAAAAAUCCCGCUGCAGAGCAUUCUGCGGAAUUAAAGAAAUUGAUACCUGCCGUUGACUACGUCUUACUGGAGACUGACAAGGAGUUUAACGCAUCCCCGGCAUGGCAGACUAAGCAAAUGGGGAAAUGGCCCCUGGAUGUUGUUGGUUUUCCUGAUUAUAAUGACAAUCAUGCAUGCGGGGUUGUGAUGCUUAUGGCGAUCCGGGAGACUGCUAAUGCUUUCAAAAAGUCAAUGCAUGUGGGGGAGAUAGGCGCUGCCCGGAAGGCUCUGUUCUUGUCCCAUUUGAAUUCAGACUACAACUCUUGCCGUCCAUUGAUACCGGAGAUAAUUGCUACCCAUUGCCGUUGAUUUAUAAUAGUCUAGUGUCAUGAACUUAUGUUUAUUUUAGUUCGAGUGUUUAAUCAUCAACUUUGUUUAUCGGUUGCGUAUGAACUAUACCGUGCUUUUGUUGUUUGGUGACCAAUACUUCCCUUACAUUAUGCAUUUUGGUUAAAGGGGAUGGAAUAUUUUGUAGUUUUGGCACCAAUAUAUGUGUGUAAUAUUUUAACGACAUUGUUCUGUAUUGCAAUGUCGUCAAGUUCUACAAGUUGAUCCCUUUAAAUGUUGGUUUA